UUUUGGAAUUCAAAGUGGAAGCUGCUCAGUGUUAAUUAAGAGUUAACAAACAUCAAAUACAGCAAAAAGUUGAGUUCGGGUCAUGAUGUCAGUUGGUUGUUCCUUGCCUGGGUGCUGUACAGGGUGCAAGCACGAGUGGCAAUGUUGUUAAUCCGUCUUCUUGCCCGGGCAGCUGGCCAUCAGCCCCUCGCCAUUUGCCUUGGAACUACUUUAAAGACGCUUCGAUUCGCCCAAACAAAGACUCAGACCACACAUUAUGACGCUUUCGCGUUACAUAUUUACCACUCUCGUCCUUCUUCAGCCCUGGCCGAGGAACGAUGAGACUCUCGCAGCAUUCUCACGUCGACGUAUCCUCAGCCCUUGGAUUCAGAGAGGUCUGGCUCCCUUCGUUUCUUUAACUAUACUAGCUACACUCACUUUCUAUCUCGUUGAAAUGUCAUAUUUUCUGCCUCCCCAAGUUUCAGACGUGGCUCCCCGGCAGACAACAUCUCUCGCACUGCCCAAGAAGAAUCAGCCCCUCAGGAGGACGCAGACGGAGAGCCCGCAACCUGCCUCUUCUGCCUCUCCAGCAGGAUGGAUGAGGAAAAUAAUGCUUCCUAGUCGGCGCCCAGAACGCGGCGGGACGAGCAGGGAGCAGGGCUAUUGGGAGCAGAUGGAAGUUGAAGGAAAAGUCCGGCCACGACGUCGCAUGACGGACAGCCAGUACAGCAUCGGUGACGUAUCGGUGGAUUCGAGCCAUAUAGCCCGCUGGAAUGUGCCAAAGGAUAUCCCGAAAGAGCAGCCAAGUGAAUUGCCGCGGGAGCAGCGCGCUGCAUCGACAAAGCCAGCAUCUUCUUUGCCCCCAACUGCCAAGCAAAAGAACUGGAGCUGGAGCUGGAGUCCGCUAAAAGGCUCUGAUGAUCAAAUAUCUGUGACGAAACCGGGCGCGUUGCCGAGCGAUGACUGGAAUGGAAACAACAGUAACCUGACGGGGAACAUCAAAACAGCCGAGACUGGCGGUCCAAGCAUGGAUUCUGAGACUGCGACACACAAGAAACAACUUCAGAGGCGCGAUGCACUCAGAGCGAGAAAGGCCCGGCGGCGCCAGCGUCAGAGCCUGAGGGAUAGUGGCGACUUCCUGGGUGUGCAGGGCGUCAACCCUCAUACUGGAGAGCUGGAUGUCAUGUCUCCUACCGAUGACAGCAGCCCCCUGAGUACGAGAAGCCACCAAGAGACUGUACACAGCGUUAUGAAUACUCUGCGAGACAAGUGGAAAAAUAGCAGGCAUCAUAGAACGAGAGCCUCUCCGAGCAAAGGAAAGCACAUCGAAGGCAACGACACCAAGCUUUCCUUCGGGCCGCAGAAAGAGAAGAAGAGGGCGAGAGGCUUGGGCAAGGCCGUUAGAUGGAAAAGACGUGUGGGCGAGUGGUCGUCGCUGCAGGAACCUGAUUUGAGCCCCAUCAGCGCAUCGCCAAAUUCUCGAAGACCCUCACAUGCCCUAGGCCUCCAACAAUCAGUCCAGCAUCUGUCUCUCGAAGAAGCACUGCCUGAUCUCAGCCCUCCAACCGACACUCUUACUUUCGUGAAUGAGCCCAUCAGCCUCAUCAAAGAUCUGCACAAGGGGGGCUUGGACUUUGACGAUUCUAAUUCUCAGGAAAGCUCCAACGCCAUGAGUCAAUCCAUGAAGGCGCCUUUUUUAGACAUGGUAGCCGAGAGGGACAUGGGCGAGCCCUACACGGGAGCAAGCAUGAUGGCCCUCUCGGCAUACCAGCUUACCCAGUCGAUCCCAGCUUUUCACCAGAAAUUCAAGCACAAGAUUGGCCUCAAAGGGAUGAGAGGCGCCAGUCUGUCCAAUUUGGAUCUUUCGCUGACGCCACUUCGAGAACCAAUCCCUCUGAGCCUGUUCGAAGAAAGCCCGUUGGGGGCCAUCUCUCGUCUGCGGUAUAGAGACAGUCCGACAAGAGCCAAGAGAAGACGGCCAAAGGGUCAUUUCAAUCUGAACAACGUCCAAACCAUGGUAUGCAACGCCGUAAAGAGCCUGGGCGAAGUGAGCGGCUUGCCGCAGGAGAAAUCAGUCACCACAAAAUGUCCCGCGAGUUCACCCAGCCCUCAUUCACCGCUCACUUCAGAGGAGAUAAAACGGGGCAUGCAGAAAUUACGAGACCAGGUAGCAGUGUUAAACAAUCAAUCCCACCGUCUACACCACGCCAGGGCAGAACAGAAGCCAGCCAGUCGCAACUUGUGCGAAAUCACGGACAAAGUCGACGAGAUCAAAGAACCUGUUUGCAUACCCAUCACCACCACUACUGGUUGCGACCACCAAACAUCUCCCUCGGCCUCUCACCAGAAAGAGCUGUAUCAGAUAGACCAGCUGGAACAUCUUCUCUCACACGUGGUAGUCCGACCGGGCGAAUUGAACUGCAGCUCGCCAACCAUAGGCUUAUCGAGGAGCAACUCGGACAGAUCCCACACAGACCUAUCCACGAAUUCCGCGCAGAGUCAAAGCUCAGUGGAAGGGGACGAGCUGCUGGUAGAACUACUAGCAGACACUACAUCCAUGAAGCAGGAGGCUCACAAAAUGGAAGAGGACAGGGCGCACUUGCGAGGCAGGCGUCUAUUGCUGUCAGAAGCCAUCAUGCCGGCGCCGGAGGACAGCUCGUUGCCCAGGUCAACAUUUAUACAGGACCAAAUAUCAAUAACUACGAACCAAUGGAAGCUAUCGAACAUCAAUCAGACGACACAAGAACCAAACCCCAACAAAGCAUCAAGCCCAACAGAACAUCAAACACAGAUGGUGGAAGAGAACCCUUGGGUUCAUCCAGAGGAAGAAGGCAGCGACGACAUCGCAAGUCUUUCAGAUGACUGGGAACAUCUCCAAGGCACUCGUCUCGAUCCAAAGCUACCGCUGGAAGAGGACUGUGGCGAGUGGAAGAUUUUUACGGAAUGGAAGGAGUAUCGGCGCCAAAACCAAAGAGAGUCUGCUGGGCUGCAGCUUUUCCUGUACUGCCUGAAAACUCUAGCCAAGCUCUACUGGUCAACCGUCUGGCCCAUGCUCGAUCCUCGAACAUUGCAAGUCGAGCACGACGGGCCAAUGCCUUUGUGGAAGGCCUGCCUGUUGAUUGUGCUUGCGGCACCAAUGAUGACGGUAGGCUUUGUGGUUAUCGUGCAAGGUAUGAAGCUUGUGAGGCUGAUGGCGUGGCUCUUGGACUAUGCGGAUGAUGGAGCGGCGAUUUGGAUUUAG